AUGAACCUUUUCUUCAACCGCAAGCCCAAGGUCACUCCAAAGGAUUCGAUUGUCGAGCUCAGGAACACACUCCAGAUGCUCGAAAAGAGAGAAACCUUCCUCCAAACAAAGAUCGACAACGAGCUCAAGAUUGCCAAAGCCAAUGCCACCAAGAACCGCAGAGCUGCCUUGAUGGCAUUGAAGCGCAAGAAGCAGUUUGAAGGACAGAUUGAAAAGAUUUCCGGUUCUCGUUUGACGAUAGAGACACAGGUCAUGGCCAUCGAGAACGCCAACGUCAACCUCGAGACCAUGAAGGCUAUGCGUGCUGGUGCUGAGGCUAUGAAGGGCAUCCACGGAGCAAUGGAUAUUGCCAAGGUCGACCAGACUAUGGAGGAGAUCAGGGAUCAAAUGGAGCUCGCCAACGAGAUUUCUGAUGUGAUCUCACAGCCCGUCGGAUUCGGUGUUGAAAUGGACGAUGAUGAGCUCGCAGCAGAACUCGACGAACUGGAGCAGGAAGAGCUGGACAAGAAGCUUAUGGAGACCGAGCGGCCUCCUCAGAUGGGCUUGCCCUCUGUACCGAACCAUGAGCCUGCAGAGGAGGAGGACGAAGAGGAGGCAGAACUCAGGGAAUUGCAAAAGAGUAUGGCUAUGUAA